AAGCUGUUUGUAUUGGACGUCAUUAUUUUGCGACAUGGUGCAUUUCGUCAUUGAGAAGCAAGAUGGCAUCAGCAUCAGAACACCAGGGUGCUCCAGACAGCGAACUGGACGAAUUAUUAGAUAGUGCUCUUGAUGAUUUUGACAAGACCAGUGUGCCUCCUGCGGCCCCCGCUGCCCCUGGUCCAGGAACGACGAGUGAUCAGAAGCCUCCUCUGUUGGACGACAGUAAGAUCUUCGAGACUCUCUUUGAUGGUGAGAUGGCCAAUCAAGCACGUGAGGAGUGGAAGAAAGCCAUGGCCGAGUUAGCCCAAGAAGAACCUCAGCUUCUGCAGCAUUUUCAUAAGCUGUCUGAGGCAGCAGGUAAAGUAGGCACAGAUGUAGCUUCACAACAAGAGUUCACCUCCUGUCUUAAGGAGACCCUUGGUGGUUUGGCGAAAAACGCAGACAACCUCCAGAAUGCAGGACUGGCUGGAGAUGAUCUGGUAAAAACCUUGGAGAACCUGGGAUUGAAUGAAAAUGGGGAGGGAGGAGAUGAUGGCAAUAUUCUCCCAAUUAUGCAGUCCAUUAUGCAGAACCUUUUAUCCAAAGAAGUUCUAUACCCUUCUCUUAAAGAGAUAACAGAGAAGUACCCUGAAUGGUUGGAGAGCAACAAGCAAUCUCUUCCCACAGACCAGUUCAUGCGGUAUGAGCAACAGUACAAACUAAUGGGAGAAAUAUGCAGCCAAUUUGAGAAAGAUGGAGAUAAAGACAGCACGUUUGAAAACAUUCUUGAACUCAUGCAGAAGCUGCAAGACUUGGGUCAACCGCCAAAAGAGCUUGCUGGAGAGGCACCUCCUGGCUUGAAUUUUGACCCAGAAUCUCUGCAAUUUCCUGGAGUGCAAGGUGUCCCAGGACCAGAGCAGUGCUCAAUCAUGUGAUCUCAAUGAGGUCAAAUCAAUGUACGUUUGAAAACGAUACAAUUUGGAGCUAAUUAUCUGAACUGGAGUUGGACACAGUUGAUCAUGCUCCCAUUUUAAUGGAGUUUGCUUUUGUGUCUGCACUGAAACUGUGAACAUUCACUACAUUAAUUUUACUUCGUAGUACUAGUCCACAGAGGUUCUUUUCAUAUUCAUCCUUAUUCCGUUCACUGUAGAGCAGCUCUUAGCGUUUUGAGUGAAGCUUGAUAUCUCAGUGUGCUGACAGCUUGGUUUUCAGAAUUUUGUGAAGGUUUUACAGUUUUACUUCAAGCACAUUUGACAGGUGUCACAGUGAAUUGUGUUUUGAGUAAGUAGAGACAAAUGGACAGGAAAGGUAUUUACAGAUUGAUUGGUUUAAUUUUAUUUGUAAAUAUCAGAAGAAUGGUCUGUGUGAACAAAUAGCUUCCAUCAGAUUGAUUAAAUUAUUUUAAUAUACAGUGUAAUGUCCAUUUAUUCUUCAUACUAUAUCAUGUAUGCUAUUUCUGUGAUCUGACAACUAAUCUGUGACCAAAACGCAUCUCUCAGAUUCAGCAUUUUCAAAAAACGAACUGCAGACCGUUCAGAUACAGGCUGAUAAUAUAUUGAUAUUAACAUUCUUUGACCCAUAGACUGCAUUUCUAACUGAGUAGAAUAAUUAUCUCUCCCUUU